AUGGACGCAUCUGUGUCAGCGAUGAUCCUUGCCAUCGGAGUCGUGAUGCUCUUGACUCCUAUAUGGAUACUCCAGGCCAUGAAUGAUCUCAAAGAAAGACUUGGGAUCAUUACAGCUUUUAUCUUCAUUUUUCUUCUGUUAUUAUCACUGGUAAUGGUGGCAAAACCAUUUGAAGCUCUUGGAGCAACUGCAGCUUACGCAGCUGUUCUGAUGGUCUUCACACAAUUAAGUUCAUGA